AUGUCACAUCCAAGAGACCUGGAAACCAUAUUUGUGUAUCUUGAGGAGAGCAUUGUUGUUUAUGUGAAGAGUAUGCUGAAGAGGUUCCAGAGAGUUCUCAGUCCAGAUUACACAGAGUGCUUAUGGAAGUUGAAUGAGGAGAAGAAAGUGGUGGGCAGUGAGGACGAGGAGCAGGAUAAGAGCAUCAGAGAUGUACUUCUACAGAUUACACUCAACUUCCUGGAAACAAUCCAGCAAGAGAACCUGGCCAACAGAUUACAGAGCAGAAAUUGUGCUGCAGUUUGUGGACAUAAACUUAAAUCUGGUCUGAAGAAGAAGUUCCAGUGUGUGUUUGAGGGGAUUGCUAAAGCUGGAAACUCAACCAUUCUGAAUGAGAUCUACACAGAGCUCUACAUCACAGAGGGAGGGACUGCAGAGGUCAAUGAUGAACAUGAGGUCAGACAGAUUGAAACAGCAUCCAGGAAACCACACAGACCAGAAACAACCAUCAGACCAGGAGACCUCUUUAAAGCCUCACCUGGAAGACAUGGACCAAUCAGAAGAGUGAUGACAAAGGGAGUGGCUGGCAUUGGGAAAACAGUCUUAACACAGAAGUUCACUCUGGACUGGGCUGAAGACAAAGCCAACCAGGACAUCCUCUUCAUAUUUCCAUUGACUUUCAGAGAGCUGAAUGUGGUGAAAGACAGAAAGUUCAGCUUGGUGGAACUUGUUCAUCACUUCUUCACUGAAACCAAAGAAGCAGGAAUCUGCAGCUUUGAAGACUUCCAGGUUGUGUUCAUCUUUGACGGUCUGGAUGAGUGUCGACUUCCUCUGGACUUCCACAACACUGAGAUCCUGACUGAUGUUACAGAGUCCACCUCAGUGGAUGUGCUGCUGACAAACCUCAUCAGGGGGAAACUGCUUCCCUCUGCUCACCUCUGGAUAACCACACGACCUGCAGCAGCCAAUCAGAUCCCUCCUGAGUGUGUUGACAUGGUGACAGAGGUCAGAGGGUUCACUGACCAGAAGGAGGAGUACUUCAGGAAGAGGUUCAGAGAUGAGGAGCAGGCCAGUAGCAUCAUCUCCCACAUCAAGACAUCACGAAGCCUCCACAUCAUGUGUCACAUCCCAGUCUUCUGCUGGAUCACUGCUACAGUUCUGGAGAAUGUGUUGGAAACCAGACAGGGAGGAGAGCUGCCCAAGACCCUGACUGAGAUGUACAUCCACUUCCUGGUGGUUCAUGCCAAAGUCAAGAAGGUCAAGUAUGAUGGAGGAGCUAAAACAGAUCCACUCUGGAGUCCAGAGAACAGGAAGAUGAUUGAGUCUCUGGGAAAACUGGCUUUUGAUCAGCUGCAGAAAGGAAACCUGAUCUUCUAUGAAUCAGACCUGACAGAGUGUGGAAUCGAUAUCAGAGCAGCCUCAGAGUACUCAGGAGUGUUCACACAGAUCUUUAAAGAGGAGAGAGGCCUGUACCAGGACAAGGUGUUCUGCUUCUUCCAUCUGAUCGUUCAGGAGUUUCUGGCUGCUCUUCAUGUCCAUCUGACCUUCAUGAACUCUGGAGUCAACCUGAUGAAAGAACAACAAACUACAUCUCUGUUGUCUAAAGUCUUUAGAAACACACCUAAACUAACACGUCUCCAUCAGAGUGCUGUGGACAAGGCCUUGCAGAGUCCAAAUGGACACCUGGACUUGUUCCUCCGCUUCCUCCUGGGUCUUUCACUGCAGACCAAUCAGACUCUCCUACGAGGCCUGCUGACACAGACAGGAAGUAGCUCACUGACCAAUCAGGAAACAGUCCAGUACAUCAAGGAGAAGAUCAAGAAGAAUGUGUCUGCAGAGAGAGGCAUCAAUCUGUUCCACUGUCUGAAUGAACUGAAUGAUGUUUCUCUAGUGGAGGAGAUCCAACAGUCCCUGAGAUCAGGACGUCUCUCCACAGAUAAACUGUCUCCUGCUGAGUGGUCGGUACUUGUCUUCAUCUUACUGUCAUCAGGAGAAGAUCUGGAUGAGUUUGUCCUGAAGAAAUACUCUGCUUCAGAGGAGGCUCUUCUGAGGCUGCUGCCAGUGGUCAAAGCCUCCAAAAAGGCUGUGUUGAAUGACUGUCAUCUCUCAGAGAGAAGCUGUGAAGCCCUGUCCUCAGUUCUCAGCUCCCGGUCCUGUUGUCUGACAGAUCUGAACCUGAGUGACAACAACCUGCAGGAUUCUGGAGUGAAGAAACUCUCUGUGGGUCUGAAGAGUCCCAACUGUAAACUGGAAACUCUCAGGCUGAGUAAAACCAAAAGCACAGAAGGAUGCUGUGAAAAACUUGCAUCUGUUCUUGGCUCUGAGUCCUGUAGUCUGAAAGAGCUGGACCUUAGUAACAACAACCUGAAGGAUUCUGGGCUGGAGAAGCUCUCUGCUGGACUGGGGAGUGAACACUGUACACUGCAGGUUCUCAUGAAGAGGUUCAGAAAAAAGAAGGCCAGCAGGAUCAUCUCCCACAUCAAGACAUCACGAAGCCUCCACAUCAUGUGUCACAUCCCAGUCUUCUGCUGGAUCACUGCUACAGUCCUGGAGGAUGUGUUGAAAACCAGAGAGGGAGGAGAGCUGCCCAAGACCCUGACUGAGAUGUACAUCCUCCUGGUGGUUCAGGCCAAAGUCAAGAAGCUCAAGUAUGAUGGAGGAGCUGAGACAGAUCCACACUGGAGUCCAGAGACCAGGAAGAUGACUGAGUCUCUGGGAAAACUGGCUUUUGAUCAGCUGCAGAAAGGAAACCUGAUCUUCUAUGAAUCAGACCUGACAGAGUGUGGCAUCGAUAUCAGAGCAGCCUCAAAGUACUCAGGAGUGUUCACACAGAUCUUUAAAGAGGAGAGAGGCCUGUACCUGGACAAGGUGUUCUGCUUCUUCCAUCUGAGCGUUCAGGAGUUUCUGGCUGCUCUUCAUGUCCAUCUGACCUUCAUCAACUCUGGAGUCAACCUGAUGGAAGAAUACACUCAGGAAAAAAAAUGGUGGUCCAGGUUGUCCUUGUGGUCUUUCAUGUCCAAAUAUAAACCUGAUCCAAUACUUUUGUAUCAGAGUGCUGUGGACAAGGCCUUACAGAGUCCAAAUGGACACCUGGACUUGUUCCUCCGCUUCCUCCUGGGUCUUUCACUGCAGACCAAUCAGACCCUCCUACAAGGCCUGCUGACACAGACAGGAAGUAGUUCACAGACCAAUCAGGAAACAGUCCAGUACAUCAAGGAGAAGAUCACUGAGAAUGUGUCUGCGGAGAGAAGCAUCAAUCUGUUCCACUGUCUGAAUGAACUGAAUGAUGGUUCUCUAGUGGAGGAGGUCCAACAGUCCCUGAGAUCAGGACGUCUCUCCACAGAUAAACUGUCUCCCGCUCAGUGGUCAGCUCUGGUCUUCAUCUUACUGUCAUCAGGAGAAGAUCUGGAUGAGUUUGUCUUAAAGAAAUACUCUGCUUCAGAGGAGGCUCUUCUGAGGCUGCUGCCAGUGGUCAAAGCCUCCAACAAAGCUCUACUCAGUGACUGUAACCUCUCAGAGAGAAGCUGUGAAGCUCUGUCUUCAGUUCUCAGCUCCCAGUCCUCUAAUCUGAAACAUCUGGACCUGAGUGACAACAACCUGGAGGAUUCAGGAGUGAAGCAUCUGUCUGCUGGACUGGAGAGUCCAAACUGUAAACUGGAGACUCUGAGGUUGAAUGACUGUAGGCUGUCAAUGAGAAGCUGUGAAGCUCUGUCUUCAGUUCUCAGCUCCCGGUCCUUCAGUCUGAAACAUCUGGACCUGAGUAAGAAUGACCUGAAGGAUUCAGGAGUGAAGCAUCUGUCUGCUGGACUGAAGAGUCCAAACUGUAAACUGGAGACUCUGAGGUUGAAUGACUGUAGACUGUCAAUGAGAAGCUGUGAAGCUCUGUCUAAAGUUCUGAGCUCCCAGUCCUCCAGUCUGAGAGAGCUGGACCUGAGUAACAACAACCUGGAGGAUUCAGGAGUAAAUCUGCUCUCUGUGGGACUGGAGAGUCCAAACUGUUCACUGGAGACUCUGAGGCUGAGACGUUGUAAUCUCUCACAGAGCAUGUGUGAAUCUCUAAAGUUAAUGGUCAAGUCAUCGUCCCCAACUGUGAGAGAGCUGGACAUGGAGGACAACAAUGGGAGAAUGUAUAGGAGAAACAUCAGAGCUCCUGAUUCUGGUGCAAACAUCCCGCAGAUUUCAGAAGGGAAGCAGCAUAAAUGCCGCUCAGAAACCGUAUGGGAGAGACAUGGUGGAGAUAAAAGGCAUGAACUGACGAAGUAUGCCUGUGAACUCACCCUGGACUCACACACAGCAAACAGACACCUCCAACUAUCUGACAACUGCAGGCAUGUGACAGCAGUAACGGAGCAGCAGCGCUAUCCUGAUCAUCCAGAGAGAUUUGACCACUGGCCUCAGCUGCUGAGUUCUACUGGUCUGACUGGACGCUGCUACUGGGAGGUUGAGGUUACAGGAAAGGUUUACAUAUCACUGAUUUACAGAGGAAUCGGGAGGAAAGGCAACAGUAAUGACUGCAGGUUUGGAAGAAAUGACCAGUCCUGGAGUUUGUUCUGCCAAGAUAGUUAUGGUUACAGCUUCUGGGACAACAACAGAAAGACAGACAUCCCACCUCCCCCCUCCUCCUCCACCUCCUCCUUCGUCUCUCAAAGAAUAGCAGUGUAUGUGGACUGUCCUGCUGGAACUCUGUCCUUCUACAGAGUCCUCUCUGACACACUGAUCCACCUCCACACCUUCAACACCACAUUCACUGAACGUCUCUAUCCAGGGUUUGGUUUGGUUGGAGCUGGUUCCUCAGUGAGUCUGUGUUCUCUGCAGACCAGAAGAGUCUCACUCUGAGGAAGAAAACUGAUCUGUAACCAACAUCACACAACUGAAGUGGUUCUGCUCUGGGGAAUGGGAUCAGAUUCCUCCGGCUGAUCAGAUGUUACCACAAACAUUUAGUCUAAAGGAGCUCACAGACUCACACACUGGACACAAGGCCUCAACACUGAUGAUCCACUAUCUUGAAUAAUUAAAUACACAAGUAAAACAUUGCUGUAUCAUUUGUUUAACACUGACUUCCAGGACCUGUGUGUUCCACUCAUGUUAUUGGAAUAUUGUUUUAUGUAGACAUGUAGAAAAAAAAUGCACAAAACCUUUCUUAGUGGCACUGCUCAGGAUUUUAAAAUGGAUGUGUGUUUUUUAUCAGCUUGGUGUUUGUACUGCUCAUCUGGAUUACCUUAUUAUGAACCUUUUAUCUUUUACCUUUUAUGCCACAUGGAUUUACUUGCAUGGUAAAGAAGCCAUAAAAGACUUUAAUGACUGUACUUGCAAGCUGCAAACAUUGCAUCCACACGGAGUCUUCAUUGUGGCUGGAAGCUUUAAUCAUUCCAACAUUCAAGAUUUCAAUUUCCCUGUAUGUUCAUAUCAUUCAGAAAAAAAAAAAAAAAUACAGAUUAAAAAUCUAAAUGAAAUGAAAUGAAAAGAAAAAGAAUAUCUAUGUCCUUAUUAUAUUGUGUAAUUUUUAACUAUAAAUAGGCCUAUAUGUUUAUAUGUCACAACUUUAUUCAAAUAUAAACAAUAAAAUCUGCAGUUGUAAAAAAGGUGCGUAAUUUUAAAUGAAUAAUGAAACAGUUUGUAGCUCGUAACAAAUUAAAAAUUCAUAAAAUAACAUAUCGUAAUACAGUAAAAUGAAAAAAGGGUGGUUUCUAAAUCACGUGAUGUGUUUAGGCUUUUGUAUUGUUGCCUGAGUAUAAAAAGCGUUAUAAAAACAACGACGCACGUGUUAUCAUUAAUAGUCUUUUCCUUAAAUUUACACGUGUAAUUAUGUAUCUACAACAGUUACUAGUCGUUUCAUAUGUUAUUAGUAUUUGUUC